GUGUUAUUAAACUCCAUAAACCACAGAUUAAUCUCAAAAGAGAGAUAAAUCAAAGCAAGAGGAAAUUUCGAUAACGAGGAGAGCUCGAUGAGGCCGAUUAGCAACUCGACAGUAAACAUCGAAUCCGGGUUUAACCAUUGGAACUCUCCUGUUCCGUAUCUCUUUUGCGGGCUAGGGUUAAUGUUAGGGCUAAUCGCCGUUUCACUGGUGAUAUUGGCUUGCUCUUACAAGAUCGAGACUCCUAAUUCAUAUCGGGAAGAAGAUGAAGGAGAAGGAGAAAACCCGACGAAGAAGAAGGAAGAUUUGAAGCCUUUGGACAUGGAGCCAAAGAUUGUCGUUGUAAUGGCCGGCGAUGAAAACCCUACCUUCUUUGCCAAGCCAUUAAAGUUUGAUGCUUUUAAAGAGCAAUCUUGAGAAAAGCUUAAUUAGAUUAGCUUUGUUUCCACUCUUACACUUAAUUAUUAUUAUUAUUUUUCAUUUUGUUAGUUUGAUUCUUCGGUUAACACAGAGAAAACAUAUGUAUAUGCAUGUACAUAUUUUAGUAAAUUAUAUACAUGUUGUACUCGUAAGAUGCAUUUUGC